AUGGGUCUCAAGAAACUUAGCUGUGCCGAUGUCGAUGUGAAAGGAAAGCGGGUUUUGAUUAGAGUUGAUUUUAACGUGCCAAUGAAAGAUGGGAAAUGCACAAAUACUCAGAGAAUCGCUGCCGCCGUUCCGACUAUCAAGAAUGUUUUGGAUAGAGGAGCUAAGAGUGUUGUUCUUAUGUCACAUAUGGGUCGCCCUGAUGGCCUUCCCGUUGAGAAAUAUUCACUCAAACAAAUAGUUUCCGAUGUUGAAAAGGAACUUGGACACAAAGUAACUUUUCUUUCUGAUUGCGUCGGCCCAGAAACAGAAAAAGCCUGCAAAGAUCCGACCCCAGGAACCGUUUUUCUAUUGGAAAACCUUCGCUUCCAUUUAGAGGAGGAGGGAAAAGGUGUGGAUGCCAAGGGAAAUAAGGUGAAAGCUGAUUCCGCUAAAAUUGAAGCCUUCAGUAAGAGUUUGACGGCUCUCGGAGAUGUCUAUAUAAAUGACGCUUUUGGAACUGCUCAUCGUGCUCAUGCUUCAAUGGUUGGCUGCAAACUUCCCCAAAGAGCUGCUGGUUUCCUAAUGGCCAAGGAACUUGAGUAUUUCGCAAAGGCUCUUGAAAAUCCAGCUAGGCCUUUCCUUGCUAUUCUUGGGGGUGCCAAGGUCACUGAUAAGAUUCAGCUCAUUAUGAACAUGCUCGACAAAGUGAACGAGCUCAUUAUUGGUGGUGGUAUGGCUUUCACCUUCUUAAAAGUUCUAAACGGCAUGAAGAUCGGGAACAGUCUUUAUGACGAGGAAGGCGCAAAGACUGUGAAAGAAAUUAUGGAAAAGGCUAAAGCAAAGAAUGUUCAGAUACACCUCCCAACUGACUUUGUCACAGGUGAUAAAUUCGCCGAGGAUGCUAAAGUUGGCACAGCCACAGUUCAAUCAGGCAUUCCUGAUGGUUGGAUGGGGCUCGAUUGCGGUUCGAAGUCAUCUAAGGAAUUUGCUGAAGUCAUUAAACGUGCCAAGACCAUUGUCUGGAACGGGCCUGCUGGUGUCUUUGAAUGGGACAGCUUUGCUAAUGGAACUAAGGCUGUCAUGGAUGCUGUUGUAGAAGCCACUAAGAAGGGUGCUAUCUCUAUCAUCGGUGGUGGUGAUACUGCUACAUGCUGCGCCAAGUGGAAGACUGAAUCACUAGUUAGCCACGUGAGCACUGGUGGCGGAGCCAGUCUGGAACUUUUGGAGGGCAAAACUUUACCUGGCGUAGCUGCCCUCUCUGAUGCAUAA